AAGGACAAGGCCCUUUGCCGCUGCGUAUCGCGCUCGCGCGAAUAGCAGCGCUCGCCCCAGACGCGUGAAACCUUCACGCGCGUCGCUGCAAAGACCUACUGAGCGCGUGACACACCCACGCGUGCUCAGUUGCAAGAUCUCAAAAAGGCACAGCUCCACGCUGCCGCGAUGUUCCCGCCCGGCGCCGUGCCCGUCCAGAACCUGCCGCCCGAGAUGUUGAGGGCGCUCCAGGCUUCAUUAGCGGAAGCAUUUCAAGACAGGGACGCCGCGCGGCGCCAGUUCUUCAACGGCAACGCUGCUGUCUCUGACGACGCUGUCGACGUGGCCAUCGCGCAGUUCCGCGAGCACCUCCAGGACCCCGAGCAGGCGUCGCAAAUGAUGGCCAUGCUCGCGAUGGCCUCUUCGUUCGCGCCGCCGCCACCUAGAGACCUGGCGAUGCCCGAAGAUAGCGACAGUGACGAGGACCGCAUGCCGACGCUCGAGGACCAGGACGCGCCCGUCUUCCGGCCGCCGCCGCCGCCCAUCAAUGAUAUUCUCGGGCCCACGACGGAGGAGACCGACUCCGAGGCGUAUACUGAUGAAGAGGAGGCCGACGACGACGUCGACGUCGAGGAGGUGGAACGGAGGAAGCGCUACGAGCGCGCGCUGGCCAAGUUUCCCUAUCAGGGCGAUUUAGGGAGGGCCGUGCGCGCGCAGGACCGGGAAGCCAUCCGCUUGAUCAACCGCAUGCGCACGGCCUUCGAGACAAGGGAAGAUACGGCUGGGCUGGAGGAGGAAGCUCGAGCGUUGGUCGUGCGGAAACGAAGCGAGCAGCCUGCCGUGAAGGCGCCUUCUUUGAGACGCCGCGAGCAGGAGGAGAAGGUGAGGAAGGCCGCGCUGUUGAAACAGAGGGAAAGAGCCGAGGCUCAGAAGCGCGCAGAUGCCGAGGCCGAGCUCGCUGCGAAGCGGGAAGCAGAAAGGCAGGAGGCGUUGCGGGAGGCGCAGGCGCGCGAGGCCGAGGAGCAACGACGGGCGGCGCUUAUGGCUGAAGCUCAAGCUCGGCGGGAGGCGGCGGCGCGCGAGGAGGCGGAACGGCGCGGCGCGGCCGAGCGGACGGCCGAGGCCGAGCGCCUGGCGUCCGAGCGCGACGCCGAGGCGCUCGCCCUGGCCGCGGAGCGCGACGCCGAGGCGUCGGCGGAGGCGGCGCGCGCGGCGGCGGCGCAGCGCGCGGUCCACGCGGCCAAGGUGCCAUGA